UUCCUUGACAUUACUUGUCGUGCUCCGAGACGUUGAUCUUAAUCUACGUUGAUGCUAGCUCGGUGUCUACGAUACUUGGACUUCAAAUGCUAAUGCGUCGUUUUAUUGUUCGCUGGACUCCGUUAGAAAGAUGUUCGGGUGCUAUGUAGCUGAUAUCGUUCUUUCCAGAUUUCUCGAUUUCACCUUUCAAUUUCCCCCUGAUUAGAUAUAUGUCUCAUGUUGACCGAGGACAACUGCCAAAGUCUCAUUCAAGCCGCCAUUCAAGCGAAGGAAUAUGCGUAUUCUCCUUAUUCCAAGUUCCGUGUCGGGGCUGCGAUCCUAUGCGCCGAUGAUACGAUCGUAAACGGAGCCAAUGUCGAGAAUGCUUCCUGGGGGGGCACUAUCUGUGCUGAACGAACCGCGGUCGUUAAAGCAGUCAGCGAAGGCCGCAAGGAUUUUAUAGCCCUUGCCGUGACAUCGGAUAUCGCUGUUCCAAUCUCCCCUUGUGGCAUUUGUCGACAGGUACUUCGAGAGUUCUGCACCUUGGACAUGCCCGUUUUCCUGGUUCCUGUUGAUUAUCCCAAGAAAGACGCAAAAGAUGGAGGUAUUCUGAAGAUGACCGUGGGUGGUCUGCUGCCGUAUAGUUUUGGCCCGGAGCAUCUUGAAUUGCCCAGACAACCCACUGGCCCUCAGUGAUAUCUAUAAGUUUCUGUCAUACUGAUGACACGGACACAAGAAUUCGAGUCCAUGGCUCCAUAUGCUUUAGCGUUCCCGUAUCAAAUCCUCUGCAGAGUGUUCAACGUUACGUCUGCUGUAAUUGGAACCUUGUG